UAAUCCAACUUAAGUACUAAACUCUAAAGAGUAGAAUUAACCGAGAGAAUAAUGGGGAGCAAAGAAUUAGCACUAGGAAAUGUGAAUGAGGAUGCUGAGCUCCUCCAAGGCCAGGCCGAGGUGUACAAGCACCUCUUUGCCUACGCAGAUAGCCUUGUGCUAAGAUCUGCUGUUGAGCUUCGCAUCGCCGAUAUCAUUCACUCGCAUGGCCAAGCAAUGAGCUUAUCUCAAAUAGCCUCAAAAAUAGCUUCUUCUUUUAAUAUCAUGUGUCUUGAACGAGUCAUGCGUAUGCUCGUUCGAAAGAAAAUCUUCACCGCUCAUUGUAAUGAACAACCAUCAGGGGAAACCUUAACCUUGUAUGGUCUAACCACAACCUCUAAGUGGCUCUUGCAUGAUCAAGAGCUUAGCCUAGCUCCUACGUUUCUAACCUUCACCGACCAUUCGAUCACAAAACCAUGGUACGAGAUUAGUAGUUCAAUCAAAGAAGGUGGGAUCCCUUUUGUUAAGGCUCAUGGGGAGUCCAUCUGGGAAAUGGCAUCCAACAACCUCGAGUUCAAUAGCUUGUUUAACCAGGGCAUGGUCGGCUAUACUAAACUUACCUUAGAUGCUAUCACAAAAGGGUAUAAGGAUGGAUUUAGUGAGUUAGAAGGCAGUCUUGUUGAUGUUGGGGGUGGCAUGGGAAGGUUAGUGGCUAAUAUUGUCAAAACAUACCCUCAUAUUGAAGGAAUUAAUUUUGAUAUGCCUCAUGUUGUUGCUAAUGCCCCCUUACAUCCCGGUGUCACCCAUGUUGGUGGUGACAUUUUUAAGGAGAUUCCAUCCGCCGAAAAUAUCAUCAUCAAGUCCGUUUUACUUGAUUGGAAUGAUGAGGACUGCAUAAGGAUCCUAAAGAAUUGCCAGAAAGCAAUAUCCCAGAAAAAGGGAAAUAAGGUGAUAAUUGUUGACAUCGUUCUUCAUCCUGAUGGAGAAGGGCUGUUUGAUGAUGCAGCCAUGGCCAUUGAUAUGUUGAUGAUGACAAAUUGCAUUGGUGGCAAAGAGAGAACUGAAAAUGAAUGGAAUAAGUUGUUGAAAGAAGCUGGAUUUACUCACCUCAACAUCAUUCCAUUACCAACUACAGUGUCUCUCUUCAUUAUUGAGGCCUUUCUUCACUAAUUAAGUGUUACCGCGACAACCAUUACCGUCUUGUCUUCUUUGCGAUCUUUCCCAUAGUCCAGAGAAGAUACUAAGCUACACUAGCUCAACAAGGUUCAAUGUUCACAUAAGAUAUAUGUCUUCUUCUGCUAAAUUCUCAACAUCGAUCAGGCGAUUAAUAAUUCACGCAAUAAUAUAUUAUUCUUGCGAUGCAUGCGUGUAAUCUAUAUCACUAUUUGUUUACUGUAACGUUGAUUUUUUCGUGAAGAAACCUAGAGAAAUCUAUCUAUUGUGAUAAGUUUGUACUUUGGAGGAAUCUAAUGUUUUCGUUGUUCCGUAUUUUAAUAGAAUUAAGUCGAGAAUAUAUAUAUAAUACAUUCUACUUUUUGCUAACC